UCUCCUUAUAUUGGACUCUUAUCAGUGUAAGCUCGGCGGCUAGGGUUCCAUUUUCUCCCUGUCUCUCUUCAAUCUUCUUCUCUUUGCAAAACUAGGGUUAGGGUUUCUAAUGGCGUUCGAUUCAUCGAGCGAUUACGUAAGCUGCUAGGGUUUGUAACAGCUUCUCGAUCCAGUCCCAGCUCCGGUUCCUCUCUCUUCAGAGAUGACGACUGUGAAUCCAUUCGAUCUCCUUGGAGACGACGACAACGAUGAUCCUUCUCAGUUGAUUGCUGCUGCUCAGCAGAGAAGGUCUCGAGCGGCCUGCCGCUCACCGGAGGGAAGAAGGCUGGCCGCUGCUCCGGCGGCGGCGAAAAAGAUGCAGCCGGUGCCUCCCUCUCAAGCUGUGAGGGAGGCUAGGAAUCCCACUAGCACACUGUCACGUGGUGGCGAUGCUGGGAGAGGUGGUCCUGGACGAGGACGAGGAGGGAGAGGAGCUGGGGUUGGCCCAAAUCGAGAUUUUGGAAAUGGGAAUGAGAAUGGCUUCACUGGAGGCUAUGGUGGUGGCAGAAAUUAUGGUGGUGGUAUUGCUGAGGAAGGAGAGGGUGGUAAUAUUUCAGGAAGGAAUCGUGGAGGACAUGGUCCUCCACGGGAAUCAUUCCGAGGUGGACGCCGAGGGGGUUAUGGAAAUGGUGACGAAGAAGCUGGUGAUUCUGAGCGUCCUCCUAGGAGAGUUUAUGAGCGCAGGAGUGGAACUGGUCGUGGUUACGAGAUAAAGCGGGAGGGAGCUGGAAGAGGAAACUGGGGAACAGUGACUGAUGUUGUUGCACAAGAACUUGAGGAGAAUGUGAAUGCUGAUGAAAUUAUUGCAACUGCUGAGAACCAGCCGGAGCAGGAAGAUGGCAAACCUGUGGAGGGCAAUAAAGAUAAUAAGGAAAAUACAACUACUGAAGAAGAAGCUAAACCUGAGGAUAAGGAGAUGACACUUGAUGAGUAUGAGAAAGUUAAGGAGGAGAAAAGGAAAUCUCUUCUUGCAAUGAAGGCUGAAGAGAGGAAAGUUACCAUUGACAAGGAGUUGGAAUCAAUGAAGCAACUUUCUCUGAAGAAAGGGACUGAUGAAAUCUUCAUUAAACUGGGUUCAGAUAAGGAAUCAAAAAAGAAAGAAACUGAACGUGAAGAACGAGCGAAGAAGUCUUUGAGCAUCAAUGAGUUUCUAAAACCAGCCGAAGGAGAAAGAUACAACUCUGGAGGCCGUGGCCGUGGCAGAGGAAGAGGUGAUCGUGGUGGCAGAGGCGGCUUUGGUGGUGGUGGAGGCUAUACUCCAGCACCGGCAAUUGAAGACCCUGGGCAAUUCCCUACUCUUGGUGGGAAAUAGAGGGGGUUUUAGGGUUUGCAUUAUAAACUUGUGCUAGUCUUUAAUUUUGCUGAUGAUGUUAGUUUAUUUUGGUUUCUAGUUUCAGAGAAGUUUGUGUGUCUAGAUUCAGUGAAAUAAUUUUUAUGUUAUUUCCUGUAUCUAAAUGAAUUCCUCCUCAUUUUGUCGUGUUCUUCUUAUACUCAGGCUUUAAGUUGGUAUCUGAUGCGAGAGAUGUGUCUAUUUAAGGGUAGGAUUUUUCUCCAUGCUGUGGAUUUGUCUUAACAUACUAUUUUCUUUUUCCGUUCUCUUUAAUUGUUCAAGCUUUC